GCCACAAUCUCACCGGUACUGCUGGCUUGCUGGAGUUGCCCCACCAUAGACCUGUGGACAACACUUUGCCAACGGCUACACUCCGAUUCACUUCAUACACAGUCCGUCUGGCUAAGUCGUCUUCAAGUGAGAGUUUACUGUGUCUGUUCGCCUUCCGCUUCAUUCCUUCUUGGUUGUUUGCCGCCUCUAUCGAGUCUCGGACUGUCGGGCCCAUGAGCGGGUCGGAGGAAAAGGACACCCUUUGUGAGCGCUGCAGAUGUCUCAGCUUUGACGAUCUUGCACUUGGAGGUCAGGAGGCUAAACGUAGGCUGGUCCGCCUUGAUUGGAAGCUCGAGGACUCCCUGCCUAAUAUGCCACGGUUGUCUCAUUCCUCUCGGCUGGGAUGUGUAUUCUGUCAAGCUUUGCUCAGGUCAUUGGAGGAAGUACUCGCUAGAAACGCGAGAUACUAUGACAUAUACGAUGGUAAACUCCAUGACAUGUACGAUGGUAGAUUAAUAUCGAUUGCGUAUCUCUCGCUCCUCGUCGACAAAGGUAUCGAAGGGCUGCUGAUAGAAACGACUUUCAAUCAGAACUGGGAUAUUCAAUCCCUUUUUCCUAUUGAGGCAGACAGUAAUUGUGAGAAGUGGCUAGGAGUUACACCCGCGCGUGUAAAUUCGUACCUGGACCCUAUCAUCAUUGGCACAAUUCGUCGAUACCUCGAUCAAUGGACGCCAAGAUGCCACCCUGAGAUAUCAUCUCCAUUCAUGCCUACAAGGGUCAUAGAUAUCGGCCAUGACGCAUCCGUUGUCCCUCGUUUGGUUCAUUCCUCCAGUAUUCGCCAAAGUGAGAAAACCAAGUAUGCUGCACUGAGCUACUGCUGGGGCGACGAGAAAGAUGCCGAAACACAAUUCAAGACCCAGAAAGCAUCUCUUGAAGAGAGGUGCACAAGCCUGCCCAACGAACUUAUGACAUCGACUACCAAGGAUGCCAUAGCUAUCACAAGAGCAAUCGGCCUUCGAUACAUCUGGAUAGACGCUCUUUGCAUUGUACAAGAUGACAAUGAUGACUGGUCGCAUGAAUCCUCCCGAAUGAAUCUAGUUUAUCGCCAUGCAUUUGUCACUUUCUGCAGCCUCAACUCAAAUUCAUGUCACGAAGGCUUCCUCAACAGAGUGCCUGCAGUAGAAGUUCCCGUCCAGUCAACCGUGAACAAGGCUACCAGGGGAUCUUACUCGAUUCGAUUACAACCAAGAACGGGUAAUCGUGAUUGGACGGACUACGAUUGGGAUUACUUAUCUUCUAAGUGGAGUCAAAGAUGCUGGACGUAUCAGGAACAAGAAAUGUCAACUCGACUCCUCCUUUUUGGAAGCUUGAGAUUUUAUUUUCGUUGUGACAAAUAUCUAUGGACAGAAGGAUAUGAGGACCCUCUGGACAUAAGCACAUGGGGAAUACUGAGCCAGGUGACGAGAUUCAAGGAAUCUCACAUCACUUCCAGAGAACUAUACCAGUGUUGGGACGAAUUAACAACGAAUUACGGCACCCGCUCAGUGACAUUCGAUAAAGAUCGCCUUCCCGCCAUUGCCGGACUUGCUCGCAUAGUGGGCGAGGCGCUGCAGGAUCAGUAUCUUGCCGGACUCUGGAAAGGACAUCUAUUUGUAGGCUUGGUGUGGAGAAGCAUAGAUGCUAUGUCAUCACGUAGCCUUAGGACUCAUCUUCAGAACAUUCGACAACGAAAUUAUGUUGCCCCAUCCUGGUCUUGGGCAGCAUGCCCAGCUGCAGGAGGUUGGAUUAUUACCGACCUACAACUCGGACGUAUGAUCAAAGAGGCGACGAUAGUGGAUGUUGGUGUUGAUACUGAAUUUAAGGAUCCAUAUGGACGAAUUUCUGGGGGAUUUUUGCGGAUUCUUGGGAAGCUGGCUGCAAUGCCGACAUAUCUAGCAAGCAACAGUAGCUCUUGGGACGACCACUGGUACCACUACACGGAGAGCUCUGACGAAACAUCGUGGACUUACACAGACUGGCUCCACAAAGAUAAGGAAGCAGGACUAGACCUUCUCGCUGUGAUGCUCCUCUACCGCACUGAGCCCGAUGAUGAAACGGAACCACGGAUUUUGCGAGCUUUGUUACUCCAUCCUGCAGAUGGGAUGAAGCAGUAUUAUCGAGUGGGAACAAUAGCAUCUUAUUGCCGAGGUUCGGACAAAGAGAUGGUGAAUUGGUUCGAGGACAGCCAGGAAGAUACAAUCUGCAUCAUUUGAGAUGGAGUCACCCCAUGAAAAGGGUAGAUACACUGUAGCAGCGUAGAGGGAAGUACGCAUUCACAACGGAAAACAUGCUCUACACAUAUGUGGAUACUUCUGAGAGUACCUCGGCAGUCACUGAGGACAUUGAGGGCGGUAUUAAUCAGCUCGUCAGGAAGUUCGGGAGAGCGAGCGAACUAAGCUGAGCAUUGGACGAUUCAUAGCCAUGAGUGCGUCAACAGUGAACCACGAACGAGGUGAUUUGACACGAGACAGAAGUAGCUUAUCGAGGUUGCAUUAUAAUGAGGUGUGAGUUCGAGGGAGGUGGGAUCGAUUCGAUGUUGUCGAA